GCCGCCGGCGCGGGGCGGCUGCCGCUGGGGCGGCGGCUGCUGGUGGCGGCGGGCGUCGGGGGCGCGGCGCUGGCCGGCUGGCUCUACCUGCGCGCCCAGAAGGAGCAGCAACGGAAGCUGCGGCGGCUGCGGGAGCUGAAGAAGCUGUCGAUCGGGCAGGGCGACUUCCAGCUGCUGGACCACACGGGGCGGCCCCGCACCAAGGCCGACUUCCUGGGGCAGUGGGUGCUGCUCUACUUCGGCUUCACCCACUGCCCCGACAUCUGCCCCGACGAGCUGGAGAAGCUGAGCCGCGUGGUGGAGCUGUUGGACCAGGACCCGGCCCUGCCCCGCGUCCAGCCCCUCUUCGUCACCGUGGACCCCGAACGGGACGACGUGGCGGCGGUGGCCCGCUACGUGCGGGACUUCCACCCGCGGCUGCUGGGGCUGACGGGCAGCCCCGAGCAGGUGCGGGAGGCAGGCAAGGCCUACCGCGUCUACUACAGCGCCGGCCCCAAGGACGAGGACGACGACUACAUCGUGGACCACACCGUCAUCAUCUACCUGCUCAGCCCCGACGGGCUCUUCAUGGACUACUACAACCGCAGCAAGACGGACACCAAGAUUGCCCAGAGCGUCCGGCGCCACAUGGAGACCUACGAGUCCCUCUUCAGCUGAACGCCGGCUGGCGCGAGGGCAAUAAAGGUUCCUGCUGGGCA